AUGACUAUUCUUCCACCUCCAACAUUUAUACAACAAAUUUUGGAAUUCGUUUCCACUAUAGCUAAUCUGUUUACUCUAUUAAUUUCUUUAUGUCUUUUAUGUGUUGUUAUUUAUCAAUUUAUUCGCUCGAAUACUUUUCAUCGCCGACAAAUCUUAAAUGAUAUGUCGAUACGUCUGUCUAUGAAUACGCAUUGUUUACUUAUUAUAAGAAGUAUUUUACAAUUUCUUGAUGUUGAUUUAAAUACAAUAAAACGAAAUUAUUUAUCAAUUCGAGAAUUUAACGAUUCAUUUAUGUGUCGAUUUCGUGGUUAUUUACUUCUAUCCAUACAUACUAGUUUAUAUUGGAGUUAUACAAUUCAAGCUGUAUUUCGUUUUAUAAGAGUUAUUUUUCCUAAUUAUAUUUCUUUAUGUCAAUCAACUAUUAAUUUUUGUUUAUUUAUUUCUAUUCAAUUCCUUUUUGAAUGUAUCUGCAUGUUUCCAAUGUUUAUUGGUUUUAAUGCUAUUUAUUUACUGUCUAAUGAACCUUAUUGUACAGCAUCAUAUAAUGAAUUAGUUUCAUUAAUUUAUAUGCCUAUAUUUGCGUUUAUUUUACCAUUAUGUACUAUUGUUGUAUGUUAUUUAUGUAUUGUUUGGAAAAUACGUCAUAUAANGUCCGGCCAAUAA